GGAAAAGGCGACCAAAUGUGUGUGGCACUAGAGAGGUUAAGCGACGGUUAUAUCGAAGCAGAAAUAGGAUCGACGUUUACUGGCAAAUGCUCGUGUCACUCUUGCCCCCUUUUCAAGUUUGGAACAGGAACGCACGGGAUUUGCAUCUGGAAGGCUCUGGUCCACGCCUUCAACGCAAACCUCACAACCCGAGCGCCUCAACAUCGGCGUGGAACCAAAAGAAACGACCGCUACAGUAGGAAGAUGGCGUCGGAGGGAGCGAGCGGGGAACAGCCUCCUCCGAUACAAACACUGGCAGCCGCAAUCCAUGGAGGUGUUGAAGCGAAAUGUGAGUUGAAUGUGGAUAACCUCAGCAAGCCGGAGCUCCUCACACUGCUGAGUAUCAUGGAGGGGGAGUUGGAAGCGCGGGACCUGGUCAUCGAGGCUCUCAGGGCCCGUAGGAAAGAGGUCUUCCUUCAGGAGCGCUAUGGCCACUUCAGCAUGACUGACCCGUUCCUGGCGCUACAACGUGACUUCGAUGGCGGCCCGGGCGAAAAGGAGCGCCGGCCCGUCAGCACCAACCCCAUGGCCAUCCUGGACGCCGUCAUGGCUCACUGCCGCAAGAUGCAGGAGAGGAUGACCGCACAGCUCGCUGCUGCCGAGAACCGCCAGAAAAGGCUGGAGCUGGAGAAGCUGCAGCUACAGGGCCUGGAGCAGGAGCAGCGUAAGCUGUCUGCGCAGCUGAAGGACGAGCGAGAGAAGAACAAGCAGGUGGUCAUGCUGCUGGUGCGCGAGUGCAAGCAGCUGGCCUCGCGCGCCGCCGAGGAGAGCCAGCGCGCCGAGGAGCUGACCGCGCGUCUGGACGAGGAGGCGCGUACCCAGGGCCUCCUGGAGGAGCAGCUGGCCUCGGAGCGCCGGCGCGGCCAGCAGAUGGAGGCCGAGAUGGAGAAGCAGCUGGCCGAGUUCGACACGGAGCGCGAGCAGCUGCGGCAGAGGCUGGGCCGCGAGGAGACGCGCGGCACCGAGCUCCGCUCCGAGACCGACGGCCUCCGCCGCCAGCUGGAGACGCUGAGGACCCCCGCAGUCCCCGCCCCAGCCGCCCCCGCGUCCGUCACACCUGUCCCGGCCGUCCCCGUGCAGGUGAAAGCCAAGGUGGCCACGGUGUCUGUGUCGGUGGGCACGGAUGCAGCCAGCUUCUGCCGGACGACGUCCUCCCAGACAGACCCCCUGCCCGAGGCGCAGCCGGAGCCCCACAGGAAGGGCCCACCGCUCAGCAUCCCCGUCAAGCCCACCCCCGCCACCAACUACGUGGGCAUGAGCCUGCCCAAGACGCCCAGCGUUGGCCGGGGGCUGCUGCACGCGGGGGUUGCGCAGGCAGAGAACGGCGGCACUGCCGAGAGCCACUCCCCAGGCGCUGGCGCUGUCGCUGGCGCUGCCGCUGCCACGACGACCCCCGGGCUGCCCACCGGGGUCAGCCCCCGCGUGCAGGCCGCCCGCUUCAAGUUCCAGGCCUCACCCUCCGAACAGGACCAAAACGGCACGGCCAACCAGAGCCCGCCGUCCCGCGACCUCUCGCCCAACAACCGGGACAACUUUGCUGCCAAGCAGCAGGCGCGCCACACGGUCACCCAGGUGCUGUCGCGCUUCACCAGCCCUCCGGCGGGCGGCGGCGGGGGGGGCCCUGGGUCCGGCGCCGGGGGAGGAGCCAUGCGUCCCGGCCUGCCCCACUCCGCCUCGGAAGGGGGUCCGUUCACCGGCCGCCUGGGCCAUCCGCAGAUCGGCCUCAAGGCGCCCUCCGCGUCCGGCCGCGUGGACCGCGGCAACCCGCCGCCCAUCCCGCCCAAGAAGCCGGGCCUCUCGCAGACGCCGUCGCCGCCGCACCCGCCCAUCAAGGUGGUCUCCGACGGCGGCACCAGCCGGUCGCCGGGCAUGCUGGCGGGCAAGCCGGGCGCCCCCACGCCUCAGCUGCCGCCCAAGCCGGCCCUGGAGCUGGGGGGCGCUGUGCCAGCCCUGACGGCUUCUCAGGUGGGUGCGCCCUGCGCGGGCUGGCCGGCAUCCGCAUGCUCUGGAGAGUGUCCCCCUGCCACCAUCAGCACCACCUCCUCCACCUCCACCUCCACCUCCACCACCUCCGCUGCCAUUGUCCGUAGCCCCUCCAUAAUCCCCACUAGCGCUCCACCCCGUAGCCCCCGAGACCUGGGCAGCCCCCUGGCAACAGCAUCAGGCUGGUGUCCCUCCAUAGUCCCCACGCUAACCUGCGGUGACCCCGUCGCCCUGGACGACGGGCCCACCCACCUUCUCCAAGCUGCUUCCCAGGGAAAUGUCACUUUAUUGUCAAUGCUGCUUAACCGAGAUCCAACGACCGACAUGUGUCACCUCCAACAAGACCGAAACUCUGCCUUAUUCUCUGCUGCUCGAAACGGACACACAGACUGCGUUAAGCUGCUGCUGAGCUCGGGGGCGUCUGCUGACGUUCCAGACACAAACGGAUUCCUGCCUUUACACACCGCUGCUGCGCACGGACAUCAUGAGUGCGUAGAGUUGCUGGUGUGCUGCACCACUGACGUUGACCAUGCGGCGGUGGCAGGGGAGAGCCCUCUCUACCUGGCGAGCGAGCGUGGGAGUGUGGAGUGUGUUAGAAUCCUGCUGGAGGCUGGCGUGGAUCGCACACACACCACCGCCGACAGCUGCACGGCCCUCCAUGCAGCGGUCAGCUCGGGACAUGUGGGCACUCUUCAGCUGCUUCUGUGCCACCCGGGGGCCAAGCAGCGUCGGGACGACCCGCUCCCCCACCCACACUCGCUCGCCACACUCCUCAACCAGACCAACAGAGACGGCUGGACCGCUGCCCACAUCGCCGCUGCCAGGGGCUUCAAGGAUUGCCUGGGGGUAUUGUGUGCCCAAAGCCAACAGGACAUCGAGACAAGGGACAAAUGCAACCGCACCAUCCACGAUGUGGCCACAGACGACUGCAAGGACCUUCUGGAGAACCUUUAUUCAUACCGAGUUGCCGUGCAGGUGCACACAGGCCUCAGUGAGCGCCUCUGCCCCCUUGACCUGCUGGAGGACGGCCCUGUUGUUGGCAUGGUAACAGUCCAGCGUCACACGCCCUGGGAGGAGCUGGGCCAAAGUCUGAACGACCUGCUGACCAAUCACCUUCAGCUUCUGUGCAAGGGGUGGGACCUCUGGGAAGACACGGUUAUGACUGACACUCCUCUGGGCCUAUCACCUGACAGCAUAGCCUCGGUGACCAUCGGAGACACUAUUUGGUUUCCGGGGGAAGAGUUGGCCCUGUCUCCAUGGGACCUGAUCCGCAAGCGCCUCAGCCAGCGAAUCACCAUCCGCCUCAGAGGCCUGUCGGAGUCGGCACUGGAUGAGAUGGCCUUCCAUUCGCUCAUGCCCCUCCAGCUGCUGCAGAACUACACCCGCCUGGUGGAACAGUAUCGUAAUGUCAUAUUCCACGGGCUGGAAGGAAGCUGCCAGGAGUACAUUGCCACUCAGAUCUCUCACUGCAUCAAGUGCAGGCAGGAGGCUGUGGGAGUGGCCUGUGAUGUGGUGAGGGUGGAGGUGGAUGAGAGUCUGUCCAAGACCCACCUGCUGGAGACCUUCAUCAACUGCGGGUUCCUGGUGCCGGCGCGUGAGGCGUGUGUGGGUGGCCGUGUGGUAGUUCUGCUGGAGGGCCUGGAGAGGGCGCCAUCCCUGAGCGAGCUCUUGGGGGAUCUGUGUGAGGCGCUGGAGAACCGCGGUGCCGUCUGCUCCAUCUCCCCGCAGCACGGUCAGGACGGGCUUUACUACUUCCAGGAGGGCGCCUUUCUGAUUGGCUCGCUGGCCAAGCCCCGGCUACAGGGGACAGAGCUGCAUCUGCAGCAGCACUUCCGCUGGGUGCAGCUGCGCUGGGACUCGGAGCCUCUGCACGGCCUUCUGGGACGCCACCUGCGCCGCAAGCUCCUCCACAAGACACAAGGCCAGCCGUGGGCUCCUGAUGACCUGCUGCAGAGGUCUCUGUCCUGGGUGUGCCUGGUCUGGCACCAGCUCAACACCUGCCUGUCCCGCCUGGGCACCCCAGAGGCUCUGCUGGGGCCACGCAUCUUCCUCUCCUGCCCCGUGGUCCCCGACCAGGCACAGGCUAUCGUCAAAUGGCUGGCUCGUCUGUGGAAUGCGGUGGUGGUCCCUCGUGUGGAGGAUGCAGUCGUCUCCAGGGUGACAGCCAAGAGGGCUCCAGCCCAGCGCCGGUCUCCCAGCAACAGCAAGAGCCUGAGUCCAGGCCAGAGGGCGGUGCUUAGAGCCGCACUCAGCAUCCUCCUCAACAAAGCCGUCCUGCAGAGCUGCCCGCUGCCCCGAACAGAGAUCGACAGGCACCUAGCAGAAUUCCAAGGUGGAACAUUCCCGCUGUCGGCCAUCGGCAUCUCCUGUAAGAAAGGCGGGAGGAAAGGGCGGGACAGCGGGCCCUGGAGGCGGGCCAACACCAGCCCACGCAAGAAGGGAAGUCCCAGCACUGGGUGGAGCACCAGCGGGUCACUCCGUGAAGGUUCUCUCUCCACCUCUGAGGUCCACCUGAUGUCCCACAUGAACUCUCCCAGAAUCAGUGAUGGAGACCCUGCAGGUCUGUCCCUGUGCUCUGACGAUGAGACAGACCUCCUGAGGGAGCUUCAGACCAUGUGCUCCAGCAAGUCUGAGCCAGACAUCAGCAAGAUUGCUAACUCCAAAGAGGACUUCAUUGUAUUUCCUGGCUCAACACAUGGACACAGCCAGCUGAACAACAACAACAACAGCACUGAGCCAGCGCUCCAGUCCCGAGCCCCCAGCACAAGCAAAGACUUGCCCACGGUCCAGCCAUCCGUGGUCCACACGAUGGACAGCCGUCACUCCAAGAGUGCGACUGCUCCAGCCACCGGCAGCGCCUCCACCCCGACCCCGACCGUGACUGUGACGGCCACCGUGACCCCUCUCACCCCCCAGGGGGAGAGGCGGGCCACGCGGCCCAAGUCUCAGCUCCCUGUGCCCAGCAGCAGGGGUCCUCAGCGAGCGCACAGCACGCCCCGAGCCGUCAGCAGCAGCAGCAGCAGCAGCAGCAGUGUCCCCCCUCACCCCCACGGCCAGAGUGCCGCCAGCCCCCGACCCCCCAACAAAGCCCACGCGAGCAGCAGAGCAAGGCAGGCCCUGCCCACCACCAACAACCCCCCAAUCAACAACAACAACAACAACAACAACUCCCUCAGCCAAUCACACGAGGAGAUCUGGAUCCUGCACCCAAAUUUGCAUGAAAACUACAACAACCAGGGUUAGACUCCUCCCCCCUCUCCUAACCCCCCCUGAAUAGUGAUUUCCCUCCAUGUUGUGAAGUUAGUUUUCUGACAGCCUUUUAGUAUUUGUACUUGUUAUCAGUACUUGUUACACUAUAUUACAUUGUGUACUUGGGGACCAUAGUUUUAUUAUAUUAUACUAUUGAAGUAUUGAGUUUUGGUGGAAGACAAGAAGA